AUGAACAGGAUGCCACCGAGAAAACCUAGCGUUGUUGGAUUUUCAUUCAAUGGUGCAGAACAUCGUGAGAAAUUCAUUGGCGACUACCACUACCAGACACCACGCCGUGAAAAAGUGGAACCCAAUGUACUGAAUGCUCGCUUCAAAUGGAUGCUUGAAUUGUUCACGAAAAAUCGCGGUGUAUGGCCGGAAAAUGUGCUCAUCACAAGGGAUGGUGUGUCGGAAGGCCAAUAUAGAAUGGUGGUUGACGAAGAGCUGUUUGCGAUCAAGCAGGCAUGCGAAGAGUUUGGAAAUCUCCACGGUCGCGAAUCAUGGAUGCCACGAUUCACCGUGAUUGUGGCUACCAAACGUCAUAAUGCCCGUUUCUUCGUGGAAAAACAGGGCAUUCAAAAUCCGAAACCAGCUACCGUUGUGGAUACGGAUGUGGUUCGGAAUGACAUAACUGAAUUUUAUAUGCAGAGUCAUCAUCCCGUUCAGGGUACAGCAAAACCCACAUCGUAUCAAGUGAUUGUGGACGAGAAUGACAUGAGCAUGGACGAGGUGCAGUCACUGAUGUUAGCUCUUACAUUUCAUCAUCAAAUAUCUGGUGCGCCUGUUUCGCUGCCUGAACCCGGUGUAUCAAGCCGACGAGUGGGCUAA